AUGAAUACAUCAGAAUUUUCUGCUUCGUGGGAUCAAGAAAACCAGACUUCUUCAGUGAUUUUCAUUCUCUUGGGCUUCUCUGAAUACCCACACCUCCAGGUGCCCCUUUUCUUUGUGUUCCUGGCCAUAUACACCGUCACCGUGCUGGGAAACCUGGGAAUGAUUGCCAUCAUCAGGGUCAAUACUAAGCUCCGCAAUACUCCCAUGUACUUUUUCCUUAGUCACCUCUCCUUUGUGGAUUUCUGUUACUCCACUGUUGUAACUCCCAAACUCUUAGAAAACUUGAUCUUAGAAGACAGAACCAUCUCCUUCUCAGGCUGCAUGAUGCAGUUCUUCCUUGCCUGUACCUUCGUGGUGACAGAAACCUACAUGUUGGCAGUGAUGGCCUAUGACCGGUUUGUUGCCGUGUGUAAUCCUCUGCUCUAUGCUGUUGCAAUGUCCCCUAAGCUGUGUUCCUUUUUAGUGAGUGCAUCGUACUCUUGGGGUAUAAUUUGUUCCCUGACACUCACUUAUUUUUUGUUGAGAUUGUCCUUUCAAGGAGUUAAUAUCAUAAAUAACUUUGUGUGUGAGCAUGCAGCUAUUGUGGCUAUAUCCUGCUCUGACCCAUAUAUUAGCCAGGAGAUUAUUGUUGUCACUGCUACAUUCAAUGAAAUAAGCAGCCUGUUCAUUAUUCUUACCUCCUAUAUUUUCAUAUUCCUUACUGUCAUGAAGAUGCCUUCCCCCAGGGGCCGUAGUAAAGCCUUCUCCACAUGUGCCUCCCAUCUGACUGCAAUUACUAUUUUCCAUGGAACAAUCCUUUUUCUCUACUGUGUACCUAACACCAAGAGCUCAUGGCUCAUGGUCAAGGUGGCCUCAGUGUUCUACAUGAUCUUCAUCCCCAUGUUAAAUCCCCUGAUCUAUAGUCUCAGGAACAGAGAUGUCAAGGAGACAGUCAGGAAAGUGAUCAGUAAAAGCCUAUGA